AUGUCGUCUUUAAACGAUAAACUCGCCGCUGCCCUUUCAUCCCGAGAAAAGCGGCACAUUCGCCGACGUCUCCCUGUCUCAGCCUCUCCAGUGCUCCCUUCUGCGGAUUUUACAUCCAACGACUAUCUCUCUCUGGCUACAUCAUCGACCCUUCGCACAGCGUUCCAACAUGCUCUUUCCACUGCACCUCAAAUACUCGGAUCAGGUGGUUCUCGGUUGCUUGUACCAACGCCUGCUCAUCUCGCCCUCGAAAGUUUCGACGCAAACGUUGCAUUCUUUUCCGCCAUUCCUCAGCCUGGCGACGUAAUUCUAUACGAUGAACAUAUCCACGCAUCUGUACAUGAUGGGAUGGGUGCUUCGCGGGUAGAUUCCUCCAGCCUCAUUAAAUUUCCACACAAUUCGGUCGUUGCGCUCAAGCGGUCGCUGCGAAAAUUACUCCACGAACGAGAUGAUCUACGGGAUGGGAGAGCAAGCGCAUUCGUUGCUGUGGAAAGUCUAUAUAGCAUGGAUGGGACAUUCGCUCCCUUACGCGAAAUCGUGCAAUGUGUCGAAGAGUUGCUGCCAAAGAGGAAUGGAUAUGUGAUAGUGGACGAGGCGCAUGCAACAGGAAUAUAUGGCCCGCAGGGUCGAGGGAUGGUUGCUGCGCUAGGACUUGAGGGACGCGUCUUGGCACGCUUGCAUACAUUCGGGAAGGCGCUUGCGGGAUCAGGAGCUGCGAUACUAACCACAGAGCUCAUACGGGAUUACCUCUUGAAUUAUGCCCGUCCACUGAUAUACACCACGACGCUCACGUAUGCAAAUAUCAUCGCCGUUGAGUGUGCCUUUGAUAUGCUGGAGGAUGGGAGUGCUGAAGUGACUCAGCUCGCGCUCCAUCUCCUAGAUCUAUCAAGGUACUUCUUGGAGCUUCUAAGACCUCACCUACAGUCAGCUCCCCCCGAAUUGCUCUGCUUGCCCGGCCAUCUACGUGCGGAUGAUCAUAAGGAUCCCACAAAUACUCCCUCCGACGCAUCCUUCCCUCCCCCGACACCUAUCAUCCCUCUCCUCACACCUCAUCCACAUUCCCUUGCUGCACAUCUUGCCUCCCUUUCCCAACCAUUGUUUACGAAAGCAAUCACAUGGCCCACAGUUCCUGUGGGAACAUCCCGAGUAAGAGUAUGUUUGCACGCAGGGCACACUCGUGACGAUGCAUGGCUCGCAAGAGAAAGAGAAGUAGCAAGACAGUGGCUGGAUGUGGCCGAAGGGGAGGGUGUAGGAGCGUGGAUGGAAUCAAAGUUAUAA